CCCCUCAGUGUGAUUCUGCAGCUCAUUAGUUAGUUCAUGCGAGUGAUUUAGCCGAACAGUUAGGGUUUAGAAAACUAUCAUUGUGAUCAGUACUUCCACACAGCUUUGCUGAUAUACUAAAAUGGGGUUCGUUCGUAUAUAAGCUUUAUUUUUAAGGGGUGUGUGCUCUGAACGUAUUGUUUUGAAUCUGAAUCUGACGUCAGCGGACAGCUGUGUGUAUUAAUGCACUGGUGUUUUCAGUGCGGGAUGUGCAAGGGCAGCUGUCGCUAACACUGACCAAGCUGUUGUGGGUUUUUCUUUCGUCCGCUGGAGAGGGAGGCAGGCAUUGGGCUGUGUACCUUUAAGAGAGGGCGGAGAGAGUUAGAGCCCCGGGGCUGUGUGCUGAACACAGUACUGAUCCUGUUUAGGUAUCUUUUCCUUUUUUCUCUUCUGUUUUUUCGUGUUGAUUUUUACUGUGCUAUGUAUUAUUCAUAAAUGACGCUCGGAGGCGGAGUUUAGACACAGUAUCAGUAAUAACAGCAGUGUCGAGACGAGAGGAGGAGAACUCGCUGACACUGAAGAUCCAUGUCUCCUCCAGCUUCAGCCUGAAAAAUGAUAGAGAUGUCAUUUGACAAAGGAACUGUUUUAUCCAGUGAGGGCCAAACAGACCCCACUUCCCAACAGCACUCAGAACUUACUAGAAAUGUUACCAACAUUGACGAUCUCCAUCCAUCGGACAAGACCACAGUUAUAAACCUCAGUAAAGAGGGUGGUGAAAAGGCAGGAAGUGAUGCAUUAGUGGAGCACACAGUGAAAACCAAUGCCACAGAUAACAAUGCUAUGAGUGAGAGUGGGGAUGUUGGGAUCGAAUCGUCGACGCAAACCCAAAAUGGCACCCAGCAGCCCAAACCUCAACAGCAGAGAGUCAAUAAGCGGCGCAACACUAUGAGUUAUGGAUUCAAACACCCUGGUUAUGGUAAACGAAGACGCCGUGCCAACUCAGAAAGUGAGUCAGUCCUGCCAACCAAUUUCCUGCUGGGCGGGAACAUAUUUGACCCACUCAACCUCAACAGCCUUCUUGAUGAAGAGGUGAACCGGGCUCUUAAUGCAGAGACACCCAAGUCCUCGCCCUUGCCUGCCAAAAACAGAGACCCUGUGGAGAUCCUGAUACCCAGAGAUAUUACAGACCCCCUCAAUCUCAAUUGCCUUAGUGCAGGACAUAGAAGUCAGUUGACGUCUCCCUUAAAAAGUAGCGGAGGCAGGCGAAGGCAUCGAAACAAGCACCAUGGAGGAUUUGGGAAAGGUUUUGGUGAAGGAGUCGCACAGAUCGAUUUACUCGAGCCUAACGGCUGUGCAACAGUACAAGAUGAUGGAAAAACAACGCUCCCCUUGACGCAUUUGCACUCGGAGGUUCAACAAACGUGUUCAAGCGUGGCGAACACCCUUGUUCCUGAGGACCAGACGCUAUCGGACUCGACUCUUGAGGCUCAGUGUUCAGAUAAGCCCAGUUUAACCACAAAUGGCGGUGAGGUGAAGGAGAAAGCCAUUGACUCCUCAACUGCACCUCCAUCUACAAACCCCACCAAUGCUCCAACAAACAGGCAGCGCAAACGCAGGCGUGCCGGCAACAGAUUGGAGAACCCAGAUGAGGUGAGAAGUUGGGGUCAGACUCAGAGAUCUGGAAGACCUUCUCAAGCUUUUCACACGCCAGGAACGGGCUCUCGUACGGGAGCAGCAGAAAGACCACAGCAAAAUCCGAGCCAUUGGAAGCCGCAGUACAACAACAACAACCAGCCGAAAAAGAAGUUUCAGUUCGGCAACUAUAAUAAAUACUAUGGUUAUCGGAACCCAGGUCUGAGCGAGGAUCCUCGUAUGCGUGUUUUUAAUCCCGAGUGGUCGGGGAAGGCGGUGUUGGAUCUGGGCUGCAACACCGGUCACCUGACGCUGUCCAUCGCCAAAAAUUGGCGUCCGGCACGGAUCGUGGGCCUGGAUAUUGAUGGAGCAUUGAUACACGCUGCUCGGCAGAAUAUACGGCACUAUCUCUCUGAGGUCCACACGCAGCAGGCCCGGCGUUCUGGGGAAAAUGGGGACGGGAGGGAGAGGAUGGAAGAGGAUUUGGUGGAAGAAAAGAGUCAGGGGAAGGAGACAGACAAAGAGAGUUUUGUUGUGAAAGAGGACAAAUGCACGGCCGGGGAAGGAAUGGAAGUUGGUCGAGAAGAGAAAGGGAAUCAGCGAGGAAAGAGUGGGAAAAUGGAAGAUGGAGCAUUGGUAAGUCUCCCUGAUGGGAAGCAUUCAUUCCCUGUCUCGCUCCGGAUCUCAAGAGGACCCAUAGCUGGCCCCCCUUUGCCUGAGACAAACACAAACAGUCUCCCUCCUGGAGAUUUCCCUGCUAAUGUGACUUUUGUCAAGGGGAACUAUGUGCUGGAAAGCGAUAUGUUGGUGAAGAUACAAAAGGAAGAGUAUGACGUGAUUCUAUGUUUGAGCGUGACAAAAUGGGUGCACUUGAACUGGGGUGAUGCCGGACUCAAGCGGCUCUUCCACAGGAUAUACAAUCACUUGCGGCCAGGAGGACUCUUCAUUUUGGAGCCUCAACCCUGGAGCUCCUACAGCAAGAGGAAGAAGCUCACUGAGGACAUCUGUAAGAAUUACCAUGGCAUCCGGUUAAAACCGGACCACUUCUCCUCCUUCCUGACCGCCGAUGUGGGCUUCUCCAGCUAUGAGCUCAUCGGAACGCCACAAAAUUACUCUAGAGGCUUUCAGAGACCAAUCUACCUUUUUCACAAAGGACCCUCACCUCAAAAGUGACACCACCUGUUUGACGGCCAACUUUGACUUUGAAAUCCACCAAUUUGAAGAUUUUGAAAACAACCAGCAUUUGAAAUCAAUUGAACUUUAAGCAUUUUCUUUGAAAUUGAGAUGAGACUUUCAAUAUUUUGAACUCAUUGGUGCUGAAUAAGAUUUUAUUUUCUCAUUAAAUCUCACAAUUCCACCCGAAUUCCUAGAAUUUUAGCCACAUAUCAGUUUUUCCCUUUUCAAACAAGAUGAUCACUCGUAAAGGACGAUGAAUGCGAAGAAGCACAAAGUUAAAUUAAAUCAAAUCCUGUUAAACGCCAUUUGUUUUUCAUUUGAAAUGAAAUUCCCAAAAGGGUAAAUUCUUGAUUAAACUGUCUACACAACUGGCAAAAGACCAUCUAAGAAUUGCUUUCUUUUUUUUUCUCAAAAGGAAAGAAGCAUGUUACAAAUGUUCAGUUUUCAGAUUUUUCUCUAUUGUUGUUGCCGUCAUGUAGUUAUUUUUCUUUUAGUUUUGGUUAUUAUCAUAGGACGCUUUUGACAUCUGUCUCUCUUCAGCCGUUUUACAGACAGACAUGUCUGCCACUUAGAAACAAAAGCCAAUAGUUCAAUUUUAUAACAGGAUUUCGUCCUUGAAAGUUUUGAAGCUGCAGGUUAGCUGAUUUGCUAUGACAAAGUGUUUACUGAUCCAAUGUCUCUUAAUAAAAAGUUCUGUGUUCUGAUUCUUCAACUGUUAAAAGUUUAACAAACUGAUGUACAUUUUGUAAAUUGUUUGUCCAGAGUUCUUGUCACCACUGAGGUAACCUUGUUGUUGUUGGUUUUAUUCAUAUUUAAAAGUUUGCACUAAAACGAGAGAACAAAUUUGUCUCCCACAUUUGUAUUUUGUUGUGCAAAUGUAAAGUUGGUGUAUCUCUGAGAAGGGUCCUUUUAGUUCCAAGGACUCGACGAAAUUGAAAAAUAAACUACAAAAUAACAUGUA